ACAAUUCAGUGCGCGACUUUCAGUUCCGGGGUCGGUGACCAUCCGCCUGUCAGCCGGAGAAAGGUUAGGAAAUGUUUGAUCUUGUGGUUUUUUCUGCUGUUUCUAAGUUUUUUGGUUUUAAAAACACAUAAUUUUAACUGCUUUAGAGUUAGAAUCAUAAGAUUAUCCACUUUAAAGUUUUAAAAAUACAGUUUUUGUUCGAUAACAGACUGUAGGAGUGAUGAAUAAACACGCAGGUCUCUGGGGAAGAAAACGUGUUUCACUGAAUAAAACGGGAAUUUAACGAUUUAUGAGUUUAUUAUGUGAUGAUUUUUAUGUACUGUAAGCGUUAAAAUGUGUCUUUGAGCUGCAUAUGUAUUAAAUUAAGUCAUGUGUAAACGGAGAGGCUAAUGUUAGCUGCUAAACUAACCCUUUAAAAACUGUUUACUGGGACAUUUUCCUCUAUUUUAGGAUCAAUAAUGAGGAUUGAUCUGAAUUAUUCUGCUGUUUGGAGUCUGUUUGCUUCUAUUAAAACAGGACAGACUCUCUUAUUGGUAAUGACACUAAAAAACAGUUUAUUUACACACAGAGCUCCAGUUUUAUGAGGAGUAUCAUCACACCACAGGCAACAUUAGAGUUUAUUCUGUUGAUCAUUUUAUAUGACGGUUAAUGUGUUAAAUUAGUCCUCUUUAUUAUAUGGACAUUUCUGUGUUUAUUUGUGCAUGGUUGAUAAAGAUUACAUCUGAGUCCUGUUGUUUAUUUGUGUAUAAUAAUAAUAAUAAAAAUAAUAAUAACAGUUCAAACAUGUUUUUAAUGUUUUAAAGCUUCGUGAACAGUCUGUUUGUCUCUGAGCUCCAAACCAAGCCCACUGAGAAAUAGACGACUCUAAGACAUCUAGUUUUUUUUCUAGACCUAAUUUUAAACAUCUAGAUUCUGUAUAUCUUUAGAGAGAAUGUAGAUGUUGCACUUUAACCCAUCAUUAGAUAACGGGAGUCUCUGUGAUGACGCUCAGCUCAAACAGCGUAUCCCCCGGUGAUCUACACAAUCUCUGUCCUCCCAUUGGCUGUAUCAGGUGUCAAUCAUAGAAAACAUGAACCCCCUAAUAACUUUUAAAAAUGGAGCUGUACAGAAAAAAGAGGACUUGAGCACAAACCAGUCUGACAGUAACUACAUGUCAACAUCACAACCAGGGGGGAGAAACAUUUAUAUUCUGUGUCAUUCAUUUAGAAAGUUUGUCCACAGCUCCAUAAGGAGGCGGGGUUUAUGACCUAUACUGCAGCCCGUCACCAGAGGGCGCUGUUCUUACAGAGAGGAGGCAGACGGCGUCAGUUCUAUAUAACAGUUGAUGGUUUUAACUGAGUUUUCUCUCAUGAUACUGGAGUGAAAACUCUCUGUUUCGCCUCUUUAACCUGCUGAAAAACUAAACUUUGUGAAGAAGAGAAAAACUCUUCCACUCACGCUCAGCUCCUCUUCUGUCCGGCCCUUUAAGGUUUGAACGCGUGUGGAUGUAGUGUCCGUGGAGCGCCGCGAUGCCCCUGGAGGUCAGAUGGCCGUUCCCACAGUGCCCUGCUUUGGCAUGGAGGAUCUCCGGCUCCCUGGUCAUGGGCAUGGUGGGCUCCUAUUCGUACUUCUGGACCAGUAAGUUCUAAAACAGACCAGCACUCACUUCCUGUCAUCGUGAGGUUCUCCUCCACUAACACCUGUUUUCUCCUCACCUUUAGAGUACAUGAAUUACCUAACGGUCCACAACCACAAGGUCUUACUGGACCUGAUUGACCAGCGACCCGCUGACACACCGCUCAUCACUCUGUCCAAUCACCAGUCGUGUAUGGAUGACCCUCAUAUCUGGGGUAAAGACAGACGCACAAUCUUUGAUCACACACUGACAGAGUUAGAGAACAGUCCGAUAAUCACGUCUGUUUUUGGCGCAGGAAUUUUGAGACUCCGACAUUUGUGGAGCUUCAACAAGAUGCGAUGGUGAGUUCAGAGAGUUUCUGCGUUUCUUCUUCGUUUGCAUCUGUUAUUUUUUUUAAUAUCUGUGAUUUUUGCAGGACUCCAGCAGCGUCUGACAUCUGCUUCACUAAAGAGUUUCACUCCAGAUUCUUCAGCCGUGGAAAGUGUGUUCCUGUCUGCAGAGGUGACUCUCUCGUCCUGUUAUCUUCUAACUCUAUCUGAAUAAUCAGUCCGCUUCAGUCCAGUCAAUGUUUUGUGUAUUUUCAGGUGAUGGGGUUUACCAGAAAGGCAUGGACUUCAUUCUGGAGAAGCUCAACAGAGGAGAAUGGGUGCACAUUUUCCCUGAAGGUUUGUCCCUCAUCUCUCCAUCUCUUCCUUUUUAUCUUUGAGUUUUCAGAUUAAGUUUUAAAAAGUACGUAAUCUUCCUUUAACAGGCAAAGUCAACAUGACAGAAGAGUUCAUCAGGUUAAAAUGGGGUGAGUACAGAGAGGGUUAUAAAGUAUUUAAUAUGAAAAGGAUUAGCCUCUCUGAGAGUAUAACCUCUGCUUCUGUGCUUCAGGUGUGGGCCGGUUAAUAGCCGAGUGCUCCCUCAAUCCUGUUAUUCUGCCGCUCUGGCAUGUGGGUGAGUAACAUCAACAUAAAGGGUGAAAACACGUCAUCUCACAUGAUCUGCUGCUCGAACACUUUCAGGUCAAAAACAGUCGAAAAGUUCAGAUCUAAGUUUCCAGAAUAAAGAGUUGGUUUAGUUUUCGUCACUGUGACUCUAAAGUUAGUCAGAAAGAUGAUUUCUUGUUUAUGAAAGUCGAUCAAAUACUUAAAGUUUGUGCUUCAUUGUUCACAUUUCUGAGACCUUAUAUCUGGACGGUACUAUCAUGUUUAAACAGUGUCUAAAAUAGCUUCAGGAAUAAGUCAUGACUGAUCACUUCACUGUCUGUUGGUUCUCAGGUUUGAGUGACGUUCUUCCAAAUAUGAAGCCCUACGUACCUCAGUCUGGAAAGGUAGAAACUCCUCCGUUUGAAUGGUUUUACUGUUUCUCCUCGGUCGCUCCUGUAGUUUUAACUUUCUGUCUCGCUCACAGAGAAUCACGGUCCUGGUGGGGAAACCGUUCAGCGUGAAAGACAUCGUCGAGUCUCUCCGAGCUGAAAACAAGAGCCAGGUGAGAGCAGGAUGAGGAACACCUUUGAGAUGCUUAAGAAGAAUUCAAAGGCUGCAGCUGAUAUUUAAUGUUUCACUGAAGACUAAAUAAGACAAGAAUUUAAUGUCCAACUGUUUUUAGCAUGUUGAAAUGACAUGAAAAGUGCCACAUCUUUACACUCAAGCUCUUUGUUUUAGAUGGAAAUGAGGAAGACCCUGACUGACUUCAUCCAGGGGGAGUUUCGGAGCCUGAAAGCCCAGGCAGAGGCUCUCCAUGGGCAGAUUCAGACCAAAUCAUGAGUCCUGGAUGUCCUGCUCUUGCCUGCUACACUCCUCACAGCCAAAAACAGUCUGAAGACAGCGUACCCUGAGCUGAGGGUAAAACCUUUAAGACUGGAAAUCCACCCUCUCACAGAACUUGAUUGUUUUUUUAUCUUCUUCUCUGCCUCUGGACUGAGGUUUCAGCGAGUCCUGACUGGCCUUUAAACGUUUUGGGUUUGUGUAAAUUUGAGUAAAAGAAAAAAAAAGGCGUCAUGUUUUAACCUCAAACGGAGGAAACUAACUUUAAUUACAGCGCUGUACUGAGUGACUUGAAUUCAAACGCUGUGAGUGAUCUCUGGGCGGUUUGCAGCUCGUCUCUGCUGUCAGGGAAACAUUGAGAAUCAUUAAUCUUUCAUCUUCUCUUUUGAGCUUUAGAGAUCUUCCUACUGCUCUUGUGUCUGUAUAUUUAACCCUGUAUCCAAUGAUGAUGAUUUAUAUGCCGUGCCAAUGCAAGAAGCUGCGUGACCUCUGUGCAGCAAGGUGCAAAAAGCGCGGAGGUCGGCGUUUUGAUAUAAAGAUUUAAUUUAAACUAAAAUAUUUAGUUUCCUCACUGUGCUGGAUCUGCAGUUUGUUAGUGUGUUAAUAUCGUAGAGAGUUUAAGGUGUUAAAAUUAGGUGGAAAUCUAAGCUACUGUUGUAAAAAGUGAUGUGGGCAUUUGCAGAAUCAUUCAGUCUAAAUAUCAGGAUUCAUAGAGAGGUACAGAUUUAUAAACGAGGACAUUAGAGAGGAAUCCUGAGGCACACAGAGUACAUGACUGUUAGUAAACGUACUUUUUAAUACGUUAAUAUUGAAUCCAUGCUGCUUUAAUCUAUUUAACCCUUUUGUUACAUGGAUAUCUCAGUCACCUUUAUGACUCAUUUCUGGAGGUGUAGAUAAAUUCUUUGCAGGUUAAAUUUUAUAAUCUGAGAUCUCCUGUAGAUCCUCCCAGCCUGUGAUCUCCUCUCUGUUAUGGAUGUUUGUAUAUAACUUAUGAAGUCAGAGCGAUCGGGGGCUUUUAUGAAGUAGGAAAGGUCAGAAAUAAGAGAUCUGUGGUUAUUUUAUUAAUGUAUUGCCUUACUGUGAAUGCCACUCUUUCCUACUGUACACGACGUGAAUGCCAAUAAAGUGUUUGACUUUUAUACAUUUAUCUGUGUUUUGUUUUUCCUGUUUACAGACAAAAAAUGGAUCAUCUUAUCCCACUCUCUCCCCUAUAGAUUUUUUUUCUGCAUAAUUGAUCAGAAAGUACAGAGUAAUGUAAUAUUAGUAUUGCAGCUUAACCUUCCUCCUGUGUUAGCUUUGACUACGCAUCCACUAUGUUGAGGGUCAGUUUUGACCUGUCUCUUAAAUCAGCUGUAAAUUAAAAACAAUUCUCUAUCA